UAAACAACAACCCAGGUUUGUUGGCAUUGAAUAUAGGAUAUGGCUUUUUACAAAUCGGCGAGCACAAAAUCUUUCAUGUCAUCAACCUUGACACGACACAGUAGAAUCACUGGACAUGAAAUACAAGAAUGCCCAUGAAAUAUAUGCCGAAUUACUACCUAGAAACCGCAGAAAACGAGGAAUACUGAACUUCAUUGGAACCGGAAUUAAGCAAAUAACUGAAAACCUAGAUAACGAUGACUUAACUCUUUUAAAUAACGAUAUCAAUCAAUUGCAGAUGGACAAUAAAAUGCUAAUUAUCCAAAACAAUGAGCAGGUAAAGAUUAAUAUACAGUUGCAGGACAGGAUAAAUACUCUUAUCAAAGAAUUUAAUAAACAGCAAGACGAAAUAACCAAAGGCAUAAUAGCUGCUAGAACUAACUCCAGUAACAGAAACUUUAACUUCCUUUCCUGUUGUUACACCUUCGAGACAUUCAUGAAACCAUCCAAUUAGCUAGACUCAAUAUUAUUUCAGAAAGAAUUCUUUCAUUAGAAGAACUAAAUUUCGCAAACACUAAACUAGAGGAACAAGGUGUAGGAAUCGCAAACGUUGAAGAGAUUUACGAGUUUUUAGGCUUGAAAGCAUUAUUCUACCAAUCAAAGUUAAUAUUUAUUAUUAUAGUCCCUUUCUUAGAAAAAUCAACAUGCUUCCAUAUUUUAGUAGAUUCAGUACAAGUAGGGAAUGCAACGUUAAAAUUACCCAGUCGUGAAGUUAUAACCAACGAGAUAAACACCUACUUCAUCACCGAUCGCUGCCAACCCAUCAAUACGAAAAUUUUAUGCAAACUCGACAACCUCCUCAAAGUAUCUGACGACAAAUGUUUUUCUAAAUUACUGAAAGGAUCAUCAGGCAAUUGUCAAUUCGAAUCCCACACAACCAACACUGAAGUAAGAAUGCUAACAAGUAACCACGUCAUUUUGAAAAGUGUGACCAAUAUUACCUUAGACACAACAUGCAAUGUGCCAAAGAGAAAUCUAACCGGCACCUAUUUGCUAGAAUUCCACAACUGCACCCUUUACGUCAAUGGCACUAUAUUUGCUAACUCUGAAAUCACCAUACAAGAAUCACCCACAAUUAUUCCAUUGAAUGGGUUAAUAAUCGAAAAGCAAAAGGUCGAAACCCCACUGAAGUUGGAGGAAGUACACAUUGCCAAUAGACGACAAAUGGAACUCAUCUCACACUACAAGACACAGACGUACACAUCUAUAAGCAUUUCUAGCUUCAGUAUCAUUUUAGGCUCAAUCUGCCUUAUCUAUUUAAUAAGAAAAAAGCAGGUGAAUGUAAAAAUCUCUCAAAAUUUAACCGACCACCAAAACAACACAGCUCAGCAGGAACAAACGAACCAAGACGAACAAGCGAAUCAGGACGAUUCGGACUUGUACGAUGGAGUAGUUAUGAACAGUCUAGCCGAGGCCCAGGUACGAACCCUACACCCGGCCCAACAACAACAACAACUAGAACAGUCGCUAUCCCGCUUAGAGCAGGCGCAUGUGGCAUAGCAUGGGUCAGCGAUAAGAACUGGACACCUCAACCAACGUGGGAACCGUCUGGAGUGAGAAUUUGCUGAGUAGGGACUUUUGUUAGGUUAGCCAGGCCUCUGUAAAACAAAGCUAGAAAUAAAAUUUCAGUUCAGCCGGAGCAACCGGACAA